UAUACAACGUUGACAGGACUGAAUACACAGAAGAGAAUGCUAAAGCAAUGUUACUAAAGUUUGAACACCAAUUGUUCUAUGAUUACUAAUUUUUCAGCGUACGAGCUUUAAGUAUAGCCUACCUCAAUAUUUCAACGUCUUAAGGAGUCUUGUAGCCGCAGCCAUGUAGUGUAAACUGUUAGCUAACAGCAUACUAAAACCUGACGCAAUUACGUGCUAGGAGGUCUACAGAUGUCUUACUGGAUCUGCUGCAACGCGUGCUUCCUCCCCCCCAGUGCUGCCCGAAAAUUGGCCGUGACGACCUGUGGCCAUGUCCUCUGCAGCGUCUGCUACCAGAGAGGCAAACCUGGCACAUGUUUAAUAUGCAACGCUAAAUGCCAAGUAUCACCACUCUCUGACAAAAGCAGCUCAGAGGUGAAGGCCUUGUUUUCUGACAUCAACGUUGUGGCAACCAAGCACUUGACGGAAGUCAGCAAAGUUAUAAUGUUCCAGGCAAGACAUCAAAAGAGACUGUUGACUCACUACCAGCAAAGGAAUGAGAAACUAGAGGAGGUACUGGUCAAGAUGAAGCAAGAAAUGCAGCAGAUGACAAAGAAGCUGAAUGAACAGAACGCCUACAUCUCAAAGCUAGAAAACUCUCUUCGGCAUCAGAGUGUCAAAGCUUCAUCAGUGUCUCAGAUGAGCCACAGUUCCAUGGCUGCACAUGGACAUAAACCGGUCUUGCAGAUCCCAUAUAACUCCCCCAUGUCCCUCUCUCGACACUCCUCAGCCACUAAUGUCAAUGAAAACAUGGAGGUGGAUGAAAGGAGUCUGUUCAGGAAACCUAACACUGUGCCUAGACUGUCGUUAAUCAGUCCUCCACAUGAUGGACGAAUGGGCACCAUCCCUCACAGAUCAUCCAUUCAGAGCACAUUGGUCAACCAUUGUGCUCGCUCAGCAACAGUCAGUCGUUUUCAGGGAGCACCGUUGACCCCAGAUAUUUCAUACAGCCAGACUGCUGGAUGGAAGUCUCCCAUCUUCAAACCUCCCUCUUUCUUCAGACGUUCCAUGUCCUCCCUGGUCUGCCCUCCUCCUUAACAAACACACACAGAUAAACAGUCAUGAAGCCUCUAGAGGAAAUACACCUGCCCACUGACACGCACAUAGAGGUAUUUAUGACUCUCAAAACCUAAAAUGAGUCACCAGCCUAUUUGUCUGUUGUUUUUGUGGACCCUGGAUUUGCAGUAUAAAUCAAACUUAUUAGGCUUGAACUUGUGCCAUGAUGUAACUGUAUACUGAUGACUAAACUCAAAUUCGGUGUUGUUUAAUUGCCAUUCUUCCAGUCUCGC